CCGGGCUGAAGCACAGCUCUGGACAUUUCAAUACCGGCCUCAGUGUCAGUGGAGGGAGAGAGCUGAGCGGUGAUAGACGCUGUUGCUCGACUCCUGGCGGAUACAAGCAGAGAUGGUCCUCAUCCAAAAACACUUCUUUUAAAAUAAAUUAACACUAGAGACAUAAAGUAAGGCUCGUGAAUCCGACGUGUGGUGACCCAGCUGAGACAACCGAGUCCGUGGUCUCUGUGAGUCCCGUAGUAACGUCUCUUUGUUCGGUUUGUUGACGAUAUAUCUGCCCUUCACCUUCAACAUGGAUAAUUCAGAGAAGGAGCUCAGGACGGACGACGACGAGGCAGAAUAUGAAGACGAGGAAGUGGACCCCAGAGUCCAGGGCGAGCUGGAGAAACUCAACCAGUCCACUGACGACAUCAACAGAUGUGAGACGGAGCUGGAGGACGCGAGGCAAAAGUUCCGCUCGGUUCUGGUUGAGGCUACGGUGAAGCUGGACGAACUUGUGAAGAAGAUCGGCAAGGCUGUGGAGGAGUCCAAGCCUUACUGGGAGGCCCGCAGGUUGGCCAGACAGGCCCAGCUGGAGGCCCAGAAGGCCACCCAGGACUUCCAGAGAGCCACGGAGGUCCUGCGGGCGGCCAAGGAGACAAUCUCCCUGGCCGAGCAGAGGCUCCUGGAGGAGGACAGCCGGCAGUUUGAUUCCGCUUGGCAGGAGAUGUUGAACCACGCUACCCAGCGGGUGAUGGAGGCGGAGCACACAAAGACGAGAAGCGAGCUGGUGCACAAGGAGACGGCGGCCAAAUAUACGGCAGCAAUCGGCCGCAUGAAGCAGCUGGAGAAAAAACUCAAACGCACCAUCAACAAGUCCAAGCCCUACUUUGAGAUGAAGGCGAAGUACUAUCUGCAGCUGGAGAACCUGAAGAAGAAUGUGGACGAGCGGCAGGCCAAGCUGUCUCAGGCCAAAGGCGAGUAUAAGACGGCGCUCAGGAACCUGGAGAUGAUCUCCGACGAGAUCCACGAGCGACGGCGGAGCUCCACGAUGGGCACCCGGGGGCGCGGCGUGGGCGCCGAGGGGGACAGUGUUUCCGGGGACGACAUCUCCAGUUUUAAGAUGGAGUCAGACGGAAUGUCCAGUGAGUACAGAAACAGUUAUUCUACCUUCUCACGCAUCACCGCAGGGCUCCUCAAAGUCCAGACCACGGUCCGCAUCCGGACCAAACGGCAAGUCCAUCCGGACCCGUCCUACACCUCGCCUUAUGAAUACGAUACCUUAGGAAGCGUAACGCUUUCUAUUUGGAAAUCAAUUUCUGAGCCCCCUCGCAGCAAAGAUCUCCAUCGCCUCGACCUGAAGCUCCCCCAGUUCUUUCAUUUCCUCCCCCUUCCCUCUUCCUCUUCCUCCUCCGCCCCCCUUUUCCACUCUCCGCCCUCCACUCCCCCCUCCCCCCCGUCUCCUCUUUCGAGGCCCUGCAGCCUGGACCUGCCCAGCACCGUGUCGCUGUCCGACUUCGGCCUCAUCUCGCCGGUGCUCGGGCCUCGCAGCGAGUGCAGCGGAGCGUCGUCGCCAGAAUGUGACCUGGAGAGAGGUGACCGGGCAGAAGGUGCAGAAGGGGAUCUGGACAACGCCCCGGCCUCCAACAACAACAACAACUCCACUCCAAGCACAAAGAAGAGCUUCAGCCUGGAGGCCCGCUUCAGCUUCCUCAACCUGCGCCGCCCCCGCACCGACAAAAACACGGACAACUGUUCCCAGAAGGCCGCAGCCGGGCAGACUCUGGUCUUGGUCAAAGGUGUCUAAGGACCAAAAAGAGGAUUUUGACCCAAACUUUCUGAUAAACAGCUGUUUAUAUAAGCUACCUGGCACAACUGCACUCCAUUUAGAAACUCCACAGUCAGAGAGAGACUUUGAAUGUCACAGUUGGUGAAUAUAAAGUUUCCUGUACAUCUUGGCAAGUGUUGUUACUCCCAUUUCCUUUAUGGACAUUGCACCUUUUGGACUCUCAUGCCUGAGAAAUAAAGACUGAAUGCUGUUGUGUUUCAAAUGUGUCGGUUAAGGGGGAUGGAAUAAAAAGAUGGUUAGAAAUGAUUCAUGUUCAUAUUUGUUUGUUAUUUUUCCACUAAAAGCUGGAAAGCCUUCUGUCGCAAAAGUACAUUAGCUGUCUGAGAAUGGCAUCUAUGAAAUAAAUGGGUUGGUGUAACUGUUUAUCAAAAUUAAGAAUUCAUUACUGUUAAAUAGCACUUGGCAUACUGUAAACCAUGCAGAGGUGAUGUUAAAGGAAUCUUAUGUGAAAAUGUUCAAUAAAUAACUGGUCUCUUAACCUGCUGUACACUCCUGUAUUUGAUAUGUAAUGGUGUAUUUUCUGAAGUUAUGUAUGUAAAUGUUCAGGUUUAGGCACUGUGGACCCUCCAAUGUCCAAAAAAAGCUGUUUAUUUUUCAUAUAAAGUAUAAUUUAAUUUUUGCCACCAUGAUGAUUGUUUAAAAUGUACGUCUAUCUGUUGCAAACACAGCAAAGUUAUUGAUAUAUACACAAAAAAUGUGGCCUUUCGAUAAGUCCCAUUGCAGGUAAAAAUAGAAAUAGCUGCAUGUAAUUACUUACGACCAAAUGUAAAGAAUGACUUAAGUGUUUCACAGCCCUCUAUAGUUUAAAGCGAAACGAUUGCAUUGUUUAUUUGUUUAGGUGAGGAGGAAUAAUGUAACAAAAUGUUCCCUGAAGUUUACCAUCAAAAGACCUAAACCAACAAAGAGUCAGCGCAUCUCUCGACUUCCCUACUCCAAGCCCAUUGGGUCCCGCGGAAGAUGUACAUGAAAGGUUGAGAUUGUACAAAAUGAUGAACAUCUGCCUAAUCCGCAUUAUAGUAACAAUUGUGAGGAAAGGUUCUUUCUUCAGUCUGUGUAUUAUGUGUGUGAACAAAAUGUGAUAUCUGCAUAUUUCCAUAUAUCUGUCACUUUUUGAUGUGGAAUUUAGGACAAGAACCCCCCCCAACCAGCCUGCCCUCUCAUAACUAUGUGUGCAGUUGGUGUUUAGUCCUCUGCAUCGUCUCUCAGCAGCUAACGUGCCUGUUUUUCAGAUGAAGAGUUAAAUAAACGGAUGUUUGCUUCAUU